AUGACUUUAUCGGACAGUCCAUACGAGGUACUGAAGUGGCCAAAACCAAGUGGUAGUUUAGACGGACAAUUCAAAAAAGCAGCAAUUGCUACAGAUCAUGGAUUGUGUAGCGAAAUUGGCAGGGACAUUCUAUUCCUCGGAGGUAACGCUGUAGAAGCUACAAUUGCAUCUUUGAUAUGUAUUGGUGUAGUAAAUCCUCAAAGUUCUGGCCUUGGUGGUGGUUUUUUAAUGACUAUUUACAACAAAACAGGCCAAAACUGUGUGACAAUAAACGCCCGCGAGGCAGCACCAAUAGCCUCCACACAGACGAUGUUUGUUUCUAAUCCAAAGGAAGCUACAACAGGUUAUAAAGCCAUUGCUGUUCCAUCAGCGCUCCACGGUUUAUGGAUCGCAUACAAAGAAUUCGCGAGCGGUAAAGUUUCGUGGCGUCGUCUCGUUGAGCCUUCAGCGGAACUGGCCAUUGAUGGCUUCCCGGUAUCUUCAAAUUUGGCUGAAACGUUGAUGGAAAAAGAAUCUGCAAUUAUGGCUGACAGCUCAAUGAGAUCGACUUUUGUUGACCCUAAUACUGGUAAAGUAUAUCAAGAGGGUGAUAGGCUUACCCGACGCACCCUUGGAGAAACGCUUCAAAUGAUUGCUAACGCUACAGAUCCUAGUUAUCUUUUUUAUCAAGGAGAAGUGGCAAAACUGAUCGCUGCUGAGAUGCAGGAGAACGGCGGUAUAAUUACACUUGACGAUUUGAAUAAUUAUAACACAAUCAUUGACCGUUCUCCCAUUGAAGUACCACUACUGUCAAAAGGUCUAGUAAUGUGCGGACCACCUCCACCCAGUUCAUUCGCUGUAACGCAGUUAAUUGUUUCAAUUAUGGCAAACUUUUACGACUCUAGCAAUUACAUUGACCUAAAUGACCCACUGAUAUACCACCGCCUGAUUGAAGCAGAAAAAUUUGGUUAUGUCCUCAGAAGCCUUCUUGGUGACUUACCCUACGUUAAAGACGCUGCAACGUUAGUUGAAAAUAUGACAUCAAGCUCGUAUACAACGUGGGUUAAAAGUUUAAUAAUGGACAAUGCCCAGCCGAUAAAUUACUACUCGGAAAAUCCUCAGUAUCAAAAAUCUGACCACGGGACGUCACAUGUUAGUACAAUCGAUCAAUAUGGCAAUGCUGUCUCUGCAACAGACACAAUCAAUUUGAAGUUAGGCGCACUUAGAGUUUCGCCAAAACUAGGGAUUGUAUGGAACAAUGAGAUGGAUGACUUCUCAACACCUGGAAUGCCAAAUGCUUUUAAAAUUGCUCCAUCACCAGCCAAUUUUAUUCAGCCUGGAAAACGACCAAUGAGCAGCAUGUCUCCAACAGUUAUUUUCGAUAAGCGUACCGGAAAGGUAAAAAUGUCAGUUGGUGCAUCUGGCGGGUCUUACAUUAUUUCUGCAACUGCACAAACCAUAAUUCGCUCAAUAGUUUUCAACCAAACAGUAAAGGAAGCAGUCGAUGCUCCACGUCUCCACAAUCAGUAUCUUCCCCACGUCACUCAAUAUGAAACUGCAUUCCCUGAGGAAAUAAUCAACGACCUGCGAUACAGAAGGGGACAAAAAAUGGUAGCCACAAAUAGACAGGCCAGUACAGUACAAGUAAUCCAGGCUCACGAUGACGGUUUCAUUUACGGAAACAGCGACUUUAGAAGGAAGACUUCCACUUAUGCAGCGGGAUUUUAA